UGUAUUUUUCCCAAACCAAAACUAUACCAAACCAACUAUCCAUAAGAAAAGAAGGAACUGUUACAAAUUUCAUAUCCUCUCAUAACUUUACUAUUUUCCAAUUUAUUCUAAAAAAUGGGAAUUUCUUGGUUUAUGCUAUUCUUCAUUCUUUUCUUCUCUUCAUUUAAUCAAACUUAUUCAGCAAAUGUUGGGAACUCAGAUUUGAUUCAGCAGACAUGCAAAAACACAAAAUACUACGAACUGUGUGUUUCCUCGCUGAAAUCCGAUUCGUCGAGCCAGAGAGCAGACACCAAAGGGCUGGCACUAAUCAUGGUUAAGGUUGGAAUGGCGAAUGCCACUGCCACAAAUUCUUACCUCUCAUCACAGAUGCUGAAAAGUGUCACAAAUAACGACACGGUGAUGAAGAAAGUGGUGAGGGAAUGUGCGGAUAAGUAUGGAUUCGCGUACGAUUCGCUGAAAAAAUCGGUCGAAGAUUUGGGUGCCGAAAUGUACGAUUAUGCCUACUUGCAUGUUAUGGCUGCUGAGGAUUAUCCAAACGCAUGUCGUGAUGCUUUUAAGAGGUACCCUGGAUUAGUUUAUCCGCCGGAGAUUGCUGUUAGGGAGGAUGGACUGAAGCGUAUCUGUGACGUCGUUUUGGGGAUUAUCGAUAAUCUUGGUUUUUGAUGAUGAUAAUGGUGUCAUUGUAAGAGUUAUGAUGCCGUUUUUUCGUUUUUUGUUUUCUUUGCUGUCUUUAAUUUCCGAAUUGCACUAUCGAAAAUUGUGAAAUGUUGAUUCAAUUAAGGAUCAACUAAGAUACGAGGAAGGAUGAAAAUUUGAUGUUUUUCUUUUUUUUUAGAAUAAGAAUAUUCCCCACAGAA